AUGCCUGGUCACCAAGAUCACUGGGACGCGAAUUGGGGAGCUUAUCUUCCCAAUAUCGACAGCCUCGAUGUUUUAAUGACGAUUCGGGAGGCAGCCGAUUACUGGUACUACAUGCGUGGCCAUGGGUCUAUCGCCGCUAAUGAUUACAUCCGCGCUCUGAAGCCCAAGGUAAUGGCUCUCAACUCGAAGAAUGUCAGCUUCACAGUAGUUUGCCAAGGCUGUCCGUUCAAGUUCAACCAUCCUGAUCCUGUACCCGACGGCUGCGCCUGCGCCAGUCGAUUUGAGAAGGAUAUCGCACAACGAAUCAUGGGGUUACCGGAGCCUACACUGAUGGACUAG